CUUAUGAGUGGUAGACUUCGGAUAACUUUGUUUCCUGGGUAAAUAAAAUAUGUAUUUAGAAUGAUCUUGUCAUAAAUUUGUAAUUAAAUUAUGUCAAUCCGUCACUAAACUAUAAUAAAAAAAUAUGUAUGGAGAUGUUUUUCUUAAUUUGGCUAUUGUACUUUUCUAUUUUAAAAAUCAAAAGAACGAAAAUAGAUAGUUAUAUGGUAAGACAUUUAUAAAAUUUAAACAUUUCCUGUGCUGCAUUCCGCUUAAUCGGAAGCUCAGCUAAUAUUAUUGUGCUUUGAAUUCUCACCACAAUUUGAAAGUUGUGUGUCAAUAUAAUUGAAUUGAUUUUUAUUGUGAAUUUAUUUACGCUCUUCAACGUAGAAGAAGCAAAAACUAUUCGAAUUUUGUAAAAGCGCCUAAUGGCGCAAAAGGAAGCAUAAAUAAAAAUGCGUAAAAGUGCGAAACUUCCUCGCACAUCACGAGUUAAUGACAAAAUUAUCGAAUAUUACUUAAAAUUUGGACAGGAUCGUGAUUUAGAAAAGUACAUGCGUCUAUAUUCACCAUGCGGGAGUCGCAGCGAUUGCAAAAGCUUUAGCAGUACAACAACAAACAGCAGUUGCCGUAGUGAAGAUGAAGGACGCAGUAUGAGACGAUUGUUUCAUCAAGAAACUGAUACGACCACAGAAAGUGAUUGUGAGCCGAAAGAAUUUAUAGUACCAAUAGAAAUGCAGUCUAGUAACACUAUUGGAAAAGGUCUGAAGUCGAAAUCAGACGAGUGUACAUCAUCUGCUCCUGACUUGCAUACACCUCCACCCAGUAAUCUUAGGAAAGGACAAAGUAAACAAACGCAGACUCCCGAAUCGAUAACAAAGUCACACAAACGUCUGGAAUGGGAUUCUUUGGGUGAUGUCGGCUAUAGAAAGUCAUUAUCAACUAGCAAUAUCAGCAUUUUAGAACGUUCUGUGCUUAAAGAAUAUUUUCAAGAAAUUUCAUCUAUCAGCAGUUCGAAAAAGGAAACCAAUAAUGUUGAGUGUUCGAAAAGUACGAAAAAACAUGUCGAAAUACACAAACCGGAGACAACCACAAAGCAACAUAUACCCGAAAGUAAUACACCACCUUUAGCUUCCAGCACAAUGAUGCAAUUGGAUAAAGGAAAGAGUAGCAAGCCACAACCAAAAUUGGUUUCUAAAAGCACAUCAAUGUCACUACAAAAGAAAUAUGAUCAAUAUGCGCAAACUUCUACAUAUGUGCCACCGCAGCACAUAUCGCGGGAAGUGCAAGUGACGUUAUCCAAUACGCCUUCUGUUACAUCUUCAACCGCAGCGGGCACUGCAACUCCGAGCAGUUUCGAUUACUAUUCUUCUCGUUCAGGACGAUCCACAACAGACAAAGAAAAACGUGUUGAAAAAAGCGCUUUGAAAAGUGUCCAUCAAAAUGUAAUGAAGUCCAAAGUAAACGAAGAAUCCGUGCACCCAUUCGUAGCGGAAAUUAAUGAAAUGUUAUCCUCUUGUAAAAUAGCUGACUCAAGAAAACACAGUUCCAAACAAGAGAGUAUAGUAGCGGACUUACAAAAAGUACACGAUACUUUGAAAAAAGUUCUGAGCGAAAAUAAAGAAAACUCCUCAUCUACUUCCUCGAUACUCAACUCGCCACAGCUAGAUUUAGGCAUCCAACUGUUGUGUUCGCUAAUAGAUGCACGAAGCUUAAGUCAAAAGCAAAAGAAAAGACUCGUGCGAAAUAUCGUAAAACGCAUAUCAACUCUCAACGCCGAAGACGAAGGUGAUGCGGCUGAGAUUGCUGUCGCACAGUUUAGUAAUGCAUUAACAGCACAAACUGAGAGAAGUGAAACACAUAAGAAUGCAAAUGAAAAUAUGGAAGCAACACCCCAAACAAGUUCUGCGGUUACAGUGGCAAGAACUGGCAAAGCUACGAUGGACAUGAGCGAUUUAGCGAGUAAUUUACCUUCGAGUACAAGCAGCGAAGGAGUUGACGAACAUCUUAUAAGUGUCGAUGUUAUAAAUAAACCAUCGUUGCCGACAACCUCUGCCAAGGCAAGGGCUCGACUGGCUGCUGAAAAUACUGAGCAUGUACAAAAGUUACGCAUAGCGCACGCGCAUAUAAGUGCUGGCACACAAGUGGAAGAGAUGGAUCUAACACAAACGAAAUACAGUAAUGUGCAGGAAAUUUCAGAAAACUCUGAAAUACAGAACAAUUCACCGCCAAAUGCACCAGUAAAUAUAAAUAAAGAUGCAGACAAAGAUUCUUCAGCUUCUAAAGCUAGCACUACAUCUAAAGAUGUCACCACACAGAAAGCCCUAAUAAAUAUUGAAAGUGGUGGCGCCUCUGACACAGACGUAGACGUCGCUGCGCAUUCUACAAUGCGCGAGUGGCUGAAUCCUAUGACACAAUCAGAAAUUGAAUAUGAGCAGAAGAAGUUGGAAAUGGUAAAGCUAGCCGCCAAAAAAAAUAAACUUACCAAAUGCUUUGCAAGCGAGAAAAUCGAGCCGGAACGAAAAUCACAACUACAAUGGAUACAAUCGGAAAUUGAACGCUUAGAAACAUUACGCUGUCUAUUGCUCAAGCCGAAUAUAGAGCGUGCAAGUUCUUUGGAAAUACAUGAAUCGAUGCCACUUAAUGUGGAAAAGUUAUACGACACUGUUUUUACGGACACAAAGUUGGCUUCAGUGACCAGCUCGACGACAACCAGCGCACAUAGCAGUGAAAAUAACAAAGCGAUGCAGGAAAUCGAAAUAAUUAUUGAGGAGUCAAAUGAGGAUGUUAUUAAAUUAGAUGAGAAAACCAAAUCUACGAAACAACGCAAGCGCGAAACCCAAAUCAUUUACGACAAGCCCGUUGAAACGACAAACAUAUAUGACAACUUAGUACCUGGUAAAGCCCUUUUUCGCACUAUGACCGAGACAGUUACAACUAAAGAAGAACAAGUUCUGCCAACAGCUGCUAUAUUAACGCAAGAAUCUGCAACAACAGCUCCACCGAAGCCAUUGCCAAGUGCCAAACAACGCCAACAGCAGCGCUCCAAAAUUGACACGCCUUCCGUUGACAGUAAUGACGGCGAGAGUGUUGGCUCAUACGCACAACAACGCAAGCGUGAGUUUUUAGAGCAAUAUCGCUUAAAAAAACGCAGCCAGUACGUGUCAUUGCUACACCAACAACAACAAAUGCUAAUCCAACAACAACAGCAGAUUAUACAUGAGCUGCAGCAGCGCUGCAAUACAAUAACGCAUGCGCCAGCAGCGCCAACAACUGGACACUAUUCUGUGCCACACCAUAUGCCGCCCAAUGCGUAUUGUCAGUGUGCCUCAACGCAGCGACCUUAUAAUCAAACGUAUUUUCAUCAACAGCACAACAAUAUGUGUGCAGCGCAAGCACAAACAAAUAUGAAACGUUCGCAACCGGCUCCUCCACCUUGUCCGCCACGUGUGCAAUCGCAACAAGGCGAUGCCAUCAAUUACUCCCAUAAAACACAAACAAUACACAGCGAGCAAUCGACUUCGUCAAUAUUUUGCAUUUCAUCCGAGGUCUCCAUACCGAUGGGAUCAAGCAGCACAACUAGUUCCACCACCACGACUACACAUCAGUAUGACGACGUGACAGCCGUGACUGUACCAGCUCCAGGAGUGGGUGUACAAACUGGCGAUUCUUUACGUCGCUCACAGCCGAUUUUCGGUAAACGUUUACAAUAUAACUGCGCACGUAUGAAUGUCCCAACGUGUUUUGCCUAUAAUCCACAACCCGUUUGUUCUGGCCAAUCGAUUUGCGUGCAGGUGAAGCCGAAAGCCAUCGCAUAUGUUAUACAAUUCGAAAAGAAAACUACAUCGUCUACAACGACAACAACCACCACAACAACCAGCGCCACAUCAGCCGCCAGCAAUCAAUAUACAUCGAAACCCAGCAGCGAGUCCAUCGAUUUGCAGCGUGAAGAGACGGAAGUGUGCGCCUUGCAAGACUAUCUAGUACGUGCCAAACCCCAAUUCAUUGCGCACACAAAGGAGCGUAAGGCUAUACUCAAUCAAAUACAAGUGCUGCGUGAGGAGCGUGGUAAGGAAUUGCGCGACAUCAUUGAGAAUGCCAGUGAAAACUCGUUGGAGACGCGUUUGCAACAUUUACCGCCACCCGCAACUAAGCGUUUGCGAAUUUUCGCCACCAAAGAGAUGAAGGCAAUGACGCAGCGGCAUUGUGAGAAUUUACCCGAGAUAUUAAAGCAGCGGGAACGCAAGCGCGAAGAACGUCGCCGCCAUGGAAAUCGCCUAAUCAGAGAUAUAUUUAAUCAGCGUUUGCAACGUCGUGUGCGCACCGGAAAAUUGUCAUUAAACCAUAGUAAAACCGUUAUUUAAAAGAAGAGGCCAAACCACACUGCAUUUAUUUGCGCAAAAUAUAUUUAUAUAGUGAAAUUAAAAUUUAGUUAAUAAAAUAAAUAAAUAAUAAUGCAA